AUCAGCUGUGUCCAAUCACAGCUGAUCACAUGACACUGAUGAUCAGUGUGCCCUGAUGAUCAGUGUGGCCCCAGAAGUGCCACCUGUCAGUGUCCAUCAGUGCCAGCUGUCAGUGUCCAUCAGUGCCAGCUGCCAGUGCUGAACAGUGCCAUGUGCCAGUGCCACAUAUCAGUGCCUACCAGUGCACAUCAAUGCCACAUAUCAGUGCCCAUCUGAGCUGCCUUUCAGUGUCACCCAUCAGUGCCACCUAUCAGUGCCAGUCAGUGCCGCCUAUCAGUGUGCAUCAGUGCCGCCUAUCAGUUCCCAUCAGUGCCUCCUAUCAGUGCCAGUCAGUGUCGCCUAUC